AUGAAAUUAGAGGAUAUGCGGAGAAAAACCGCAUUUAGAAAUCAUAAAAACACUGAGAAAACAGAUGAGAUAGUGAAAGAUGUAAGAGAGCACUCUGCCGGUGUACCAGAACCAGAUGCGGCAGAAUAUCACGCUCGGAGCAUUCAUUCGAGAAAUCGAGCAUAUGCUUCUCAAAAAUGCUGUCUAGCGCAAUCACUAAGGUCAUCUGAUGAAAGAUUAAUAAAUAUUGUAAUACCAUCACCAUAUCAUUCGACAUUCGGUAGUUUGGGAUUUGGAGGAUUAGGUGGUUUAGGAAUCGGAGGACUGGAUGGCUUGGGAUUAGGUGGUUUAACAAGUGGAUUUGGUGGUCUUCUUGGUCUUGGAUAUUUUGGAUACUUCACAAGAUAUCUUGGGCCAGCCAAUAUGACUGGAUCUUGUCCAGCGGGAGUGAAUAUUAAUGGGCAGUGUUGGUUCAACAGUAUCGGUGAUGUUUGA